ACCGAAGUGUGCUGCAAUUCAGCGAAAAAAUUGAAAAGAUUAUGUAAGAGUAUAGGGGCUGAGAACUUGCAACCAGAAUGCAGGGUAGCUCAGUUUCAGAGUACCGAAAAUGUCUUUUCUCCUUGUGCGAAGAGUUAACGGAAGGAAACCUACAUGAUUUGAAGUAUUUAUGUCGCGAUCGGUUAACAACGAGAGAACUGGAAGAGAUUAAUACCGCCACGAAGCUGUUUGAAUACCUAGAGAUAAAACAAGAGAUAAGAAGAGACAAUCUGCGUUUGUUAAAAGAUCUUCUUACGCAGAUAGGUCGCAAUGAUUUAGUGGAAAACCUAAAUGAGUUCAAGAGAAAGCGCAGCUUUAAAUGUAACGGAAAGAGUGUUUCCCUGGAUUUUCAAGUUGACGAUAGCCUGGAAGAUGUUCCUGAUGCUGCCGAACAAACCUCAAAUGGCGCUGGCAACAAUAAUGAUCCAACUUCAAGAGGGCCUGAAGGAAUCAUGUUGAGAGAAAUCAGCGCUGACGUUUAUGAAGAACUUGGAUUUUUACUUAAUCCAGAUUCGUUCAAAAAUUGGAAACUUCUGGCCGGUAAGCUUGGAUACACACUCACUCACGUAACAAAUUUCAAAUUGUGUCCAAUGAACAGCACCCAAAUGCUGCUUCAGGAUUGGUCUCAGCGUGGAGAUGCUACAGUUCAGAAGUUGUACCAGGCCCUUGUGGAUAUUGGCCGCGUAGAUGCUGCCCAGAAAUUAAAAGUUUUAUUUCCUUCUCGUGGUACAUUGUAGAUCUUGUGGACGUGACAGUUUAGUUUUCUUCCUGUGACAAUGCAAUUUGUCUUCUGUUAAACAAAAGCGAAACAAAGUUCUUUUCAGGGUAUGAUGAGCUUUUCAAAUCCAUUUAUUCCCAAUGAUCUCGAGAGCCUUUGAGCCUCACUGUUAA